UCUACUCUACUUGAUGCAUAGGUGCCGACGAGGAUAUAUAUCCCACAUUACUCGGGAUUUAGUUCAAGCGACGAAACUGUGGUCAAAAUCUCAUUGAAUCAGAAAGACUGGAUUACAGUUUCGCUAGUACCUACGACGUCAAAUAUUGAGGAACAAGAGAAAGUGGUAAAGAAACUGGCUGGUGUAGAAGUGAAUGACUUCAGUUCACUUAAAGCCAUUGUAGUAACAAGACCAAGAUGUCAAACUAUUAUAGUUGAUAAGCCCGGUAUAUCAGUUUAUUCUACAAUGGACAAGAAUGUUAAGCUCUUCGUUCCAAGAAAUGCAUUUGGCUCAAGAACGGAACUGAAAUUAAUGGUUCAAUCUGUAUCCGAACAGACACUUGCCUCCUUUGUUAAGGACAAUAAAGAUUUGGACAAUAUACUGGCUGUAAGUUCUGUUGUUACUCUCAUUUGCGGAAAACACCCAGGAAAGGCCAUUGAAGUUGACCUGAUGAAAUCAACAAAGAAACAAAAUGAUGGGAAGUUUCAACGUGGAAAGACAUACCAGAUGUAUACAACAAAAGACAAAGUAUGGAAGUUUGCUGAUGUUGAAUUUAAAGGACAUCAGGACGAUCUAACAGUAAUGCUUCCUGCAGGUCGAGAAAAAUACACUAUAAUGGAGCUAGAUAUGCCAUCAAGUUUUCCGAAGGAAAAUGUACCCAGCAUUGCAGAGGCCUUGCAUACUUGUAUUAACAAGACUGUCGUUGUGAUGAUUGUUAAACAGCAUGAGGAUGAUCUAAAGAAAUGUGCAUUACGAAUCGUAAGACGGGAAAUUAUCAAGGACACAUUAGAAUUUCUGAAGGAGAAUGGAUAUACAGAAGGUCCAGAUUUUAGCGCUGAAUUCAGUUUACAGGAAGGCCAGCAGUUGGAGAUCAUCUGCACGGGGAACAUUGAAAAUACAACAGAACCAAAUGAACAAGUGCCUUUAACGUAUUUGACUUACAUGGGAGGUGUUGCGACUGACCUGACACUACGUGUAAAGGAUUCCUGGAAACAAAAAGAUCUUCCAGCAUAUGUCGGAACAAUCAGAUGUACUGUGCUGAGGAGACAUGUAAAUUCAGAAACGUCAUUCUCACGUUCAGUUGAAUUAACAGUUUCCCUCCCAAAGCCGGUACGACCACGGACUGCAAUUGGUGUAGCACGCGUCAGAUUUCCGUAUUAUCUUAACUCGCUGGCAUUUUAUUUAUCUGAAACAUUGUGCAAAAAUGACACAGAAAUUUGGCAGGCAGUUCUGCGAUCCUUACUUGGUCAUUCUGAAUUCAGUUCAGGAUACAGAAUAGCUAAAAGAAAGUCAGUUGAAGAUAAUGAAGAACCAGUAUGUAGAGCAAUGUUGCUGGACUGGAUGAAGGCCCAAGCCGUGCAUGAUGACAAGUUGGAACCCAUAGCGGCUGCCUUAAGAUAUAACGGACAUAGGGAUAUUGCAGAGUCAUGUUUGGACUUUGUACGUUUUCAGAAAGAACAUCUGUCGGAUUCUGUGCUAAUUGAGCUGGCUCAAGGAAUAACAAAGGACAUUCAGCAAUUAGGCCAAGAUCUUGGAUUAGACAGCAAACGUAUAUCACAAUGCAUCAAACAACAUUCGGAUAACAUCAAACGUCAGUAUAUAGCUGUGAUGAUGGAGUGGAGAGAGUCUGACCAAGUGAUCAAACACGGUGACAAUUCUCUAGAAUAUCUUAGGAGUACAUGUGUCUAAAAGAAACAGAAAGUACAGAUUUAACAUGUUCUGCUGAUCGGCAGCAGCAUACAUUCUGUCUAUUAUAUGUGGAUAAUAUAUGCUCUAUAUAGUACUUACCUUCUAUGUUAGAACUACAUGUAUCUCUAACCUUAUAUAUUAUGCCAGACGUAGACAAAUAUGGUUGUAGAAAUGAAUGAUAAGCAUGUUAAAAAAGUAGAACAUACUUAUUUUAAGUAGUACUUGAAGUUUAACAACUAAAAUUGUCUGUGCAAAACUGAGCACAUAUCGCUUGUCUUUCAGUAUUUAAGUUUACAAAAACUACGUAACUGAAAAACUCAGAACCCAGUAGGCACAUUGCAUACUUUUUGCGUUGACUUUAAAACAGCUAUGAAAGACAAACACAAUACAUUUUAAAUGCCUUACUGGUAGUAGUUGUCAAUAGUUUCAUUAUAUUUUAAAUGCUUUUGUGUGAUAUAUAGGCUUUUUAUUUACCAGUAUAUUUUUUACUUACUUAUAUUCAGAAGUUGAUAUUUUUAAACAUCAGUUUUAUGCCUCUGUUCUUUGGCCUAAAUGGUUGCAUUUCUAGCCAUAAGCCUAAUGUUAAAUAUAGUAUGUUAAUCGGUGGCCAAGUUUUCCAAACAUUGAAACAAUAAACAUAACUAUUGUUUCAAUGAUUUUAUAAAACCAAAAAAAUUAAAAUCAAAUCAAAUUCUAUGUAAGUAUAAUAAUUGUACUUUCUAAUUUAUCUUGUAAAUCUUUUUUAUUGAUUGUGAUUCAAACCCUGUUGCAGAUGGAGCAUAAGAGGAAAUGAUGCCGUACAAAUUUCUGCAUUCAAAUAAUUGUUAUACUUUCUGUUUAUGCUCCCUUGUAUUAUUUUUAAAAUAGAAAAGAUGGAAACUCCACAGGUCGCUCAACACAAUAAAAACGAAAAUGUU